AUGGAGAUGCCCACAACCGUCCCACCGGUCCUGCCCUGCUCACCACGCCGGAACCUAGGCGAGCUGCCAGUAGAUGUACUUUGGCAAAUCGCCGAGGAGACGGACGAGAAGACAAUAUGGAGGAUGAUGGGUGUGUGCAGGGGGUGGAGAGCGGGUGCGGAGAAGGCGCUGGAGCCGUUUCUGAAGGAGGCGAAGGUAACCGCGGAACCGCCGUUCAUGCUGGAUUCCUAUACUGCCAUCGGCGGUAUGAUGGACCAGUGGGAGCUGAACCCAAUCCGGAGACGGGCGCUGAUCGACGCGCAUACUACCUUCGCCAACCACCUCAACACUCAUCCCCCAUCUGCCAUUCUCGUGCGCCGUCUGCCGCUCGAGAUGGGCUUCGAUGACGUCCCUCUGGCUUGGGAGACGCUCGGGCGAGUCCUGCCUCAAUUGACGGAACUCGAGCUGCAUAUAUUCGACGAGUGCUCCGGUCUUCGAUACACCUUCUUCGGUUCGGCUGUACUGGAUAGUAAUCACCGGCUGGACCAACUCGCCGACUAUUUCUGCGCCGAUACUCGGUCGCGAUGGGCUCAGCUCCUCGCGGCAGCCCCCUCAGGUUACCACAAUCUCACUACCCUAGCCAUCCAAGCAACGACGCGGAGCUUAAAAAACUUUGCUCAACUCGCCCAGCACGUACCAAAUUUGGUCAACCUCACGUUGGGGUCUCACUGGGCGGACGGCGACGUCUUCGACAAACACGAUCCCUUAUGCGGCAUCCCCACCAUCUUCCCGCUACUCCACACUCUUACUCUCAUCGGCGGCGUACGUACGAUCACCGAGAGUCUCGACGACCUCUUACCCUCCACCCCGCACGUCCGCCAUCUUGCCAUACAAUACGUCUGUCGCGUGACGCAUUGUCAUGAGCGGCACAAGCCGGGUUACGGCGCCAUUGCGGACCUUAUCUCAAGAUGGGAAAAUCUGAGAGCCUUUGCCCUUUACGGCCCCCACGUCGAUUGCACUUUGUCGUCGAUUUGGGAGCUGCAAAAUCAGGGGAAGAUCUCACGAUUUCCCAAUUUGGUCACCGUGGUACUGGGCCAGGUCGAUCGUCCGGAUAUCGCCCACGGGAGGGUAGUAUCUAAUACCUUUCCGCUUAUAAAGGGCCCAUCCCUUUAUCCUCGACGAGCCCUCCGUCUGGGCAGAGCGGAACGUCAAAUGCGGCGUCUAUCGGCCGGUCGAAAUCAGGGACGAGGCGGCAUUCUUGCUCCCGCACUGCCCGACUUGAGCACCGAGGCGCAGGCAGCUUGGGUGCCUAUCGAUCGUAUCCGUCUGUAUGCUGGUCUGCGGCUCUUAGUAUCUGUCAGGUCGAGAGCAGGUGCCACAGAUCAAACCAAUUCGGAGCCGCCGUCAGCAGAGGCAGCGGAACCUUCGGCCAGCGUGCCCCAAGCCUCAAAUCUCGCGCAUCUACCGGUCGACAUACUCCACAAGAUAGCUGCGGUGACGGACGAGUUCGGGCUGUGGCGGAUGAUGGCGACGUGUAGGGCGUUGAGGGAAGCAGGGGAGAGGGCGCUCAGGCCGUAUCUGGCCGAGGCCAAAGUGACCGCUCAGCGACCCAUACUGGUCCACGAGAUCAGUACCCUCGGCAGCCGCGACGAUCGCGACUACGCCCGACGGCAAGCCAGACGGGCCUCUCUCCUCCAGGCCCAUAUCAAAUUCGCGAAUCAUCUGGAGCUUUAUCCUCCAUCGGCCGAGCUCGUCCGUCGGCUCUCUCUCGAGGUAGAGUUCUACGACGCUCCCAUUUGGGUCACGCUCGAGAACCUAUUUCCUCAGCUGUCUCAACUCAAGCUAUACGUGCUUGACGAGCUCCCGGACACGCGCUUACCCCGGAAGCCCAGCCUCCAGGACCGCUACGAUUCCCGCAUCGGCCAUCUCCAUCGAAGCGGCAGUCAGCAGGACGGUGACGUCGAGGAUAGACCGUCCGCUGGAAGCGGGUCGGGACGGGGAUGGGCUCGGCUGCUCGCUGCCUCUUCCGCGGAGCUUACCAAUCUGACCCGCCUGUCCAUACGGGGGACAAAACGGCGCUUCGUGGAUUGCGCGCAGCUCGCGGCGCAGCUGCCCAAUCUCAGCGAUCUGGCGCUCACCUCGUCUUGCGUCAACAUCAACACGUCUGGUACGCCCGUCGACACCACUUUCACCUUCUCCAGACUUACUGCUCUCGCCUUGUACGGAAACUUCUUCGCAGUCCUCGAUCACCUUCGACAGGCCGCCCCGCAUAUCGUCCAUCUGACCUUGCAAGGUCCGGCUACCAGCUCUGACCGGGUCGCCAGGCUACUCUCCACCUGGGAGGAUCUCCAAGGUCUCUCGCUAUACGGGGGGUGUGCCGACAACUUGCUGUGGUCCACGGUUAACUUGCAAGUUAAGGAGAACCGGGCGAUCUUUCUCAGCUUGAACCUGCUGCUACUGGAGCAGACAUGGCUGGGAGGGAGCGGAUGGACAGAUGAGUAUGAUACCUGUAAUUCUGGGAGAGAUUAUCCCCUGCUUAGGAGCAAACGAUACUCAUGGGAAUCUGUGCCCAUGCGACCACACCUCCCUGCGCUGCAAUGUAUCAAGUGGAUUGGUCUACCUCGAGGCGGCAAGAAACCCAAACCCGGUCUCGAAACUUACGAUCCGGGUAUGGAGGACGCGGGCGGUCUAUCUCCAUUCUACCAAGGCUUCUACACCCCUUCCCACCUCCGGGACCUCUUCGCUCACUUCGAAUUGCUCGAUCUCGUCGAAUGGGUCGCCGGCUAUCCUAGCUGUCCGUUCGAGUACGAUAAGCCAUCGACCUGGGCGGAGCGGAAUGUCAAGUGCGGCGUGUUUCGGCCGGUCGAUCUGGCGGAUACGGGAACGUGCGGAAGUGGGCUUGACGGCUCUCAGAUGGAGGUGGCAGGGUCAGGUCAGGUCACGGUGCAGAUGGAGAGGGACGGGAGGAUGUCGGAACAGGGGCUGGAGAGGCGAGUAAGGAGGUAUAGCGGGGCGCAGACUCAGGACCAGGAGCUGUAUUGGAGGGCUGAAGCGAGCUAA